AGCGAGCCAGAGAGUCAGCUUGAGUACCGGAGUGUUAUCGUGGAAUAGGGAAGCGGCCGGUGCACGGAGGCUGCACCUAGAGCGCAGGCAGCGCCAGGUAAUUGAUGCUUAUUUAGGAAAUAUCAUGGACACAGUUGAAGUUAACUCCUCACUGAAUAUUGUCAGAAAUUGAGUCCAGAGUUUAAAUCGGUACACAGCUAGAACCAUAAUCUUCUAUGUGCACUUGAUGUAAUAGAAACUGUCAAUUCAAGCACUUUGGUUCUCAAACAGAAUUCUCCCACAAUCAAUUGAAACCCCUGCAUCUGUAAGUACAAGAAUAGAAGAAAAGCAAGCUUUUGACAUUGAAAUUGAAAUUCUAAAGCUUUAUUUGUCUCAAAUAAUGUGUUAAGAAUAAAAUUUCAAGAUCUCCGAGAAAGAUCAUCUGAAGAAGAGCAUAUGCCUUGGUUUACUGAUAAACCCACACGUGAAUUUGUGAUGAAGUCUACUGAGAGCACCAUAACAAAAACAUCUGAGGAUGUCAAAGAUGAUGUGAACUUAACACUUGAUGAAUUUUCAAACCCAAAAAAGUCUGUGGAACACCAUUGCUCAAUUUGUGACCAGUGUUUUCCUUUUGAUGGCCUUUUAACUCAACAUAUGCACAUGCAUUCAAAUGAAAAGCAUCCAUUUUGUGAUCGUAGGAUUUCCCAGAAAGCAAAUUUAAAAAUUCAUCUUCAAAAUCGCAAAGUGGACCAUUUGCAGCAGGGUAGAAAAUCUGGAAGAAAUAAGGCCACUCUAUCUACAAGCUUUGAAAUCCCAAAUGCUCUGUCUAAUAGAAUUUGUCCGAAUGAUGUUGAAAUCAAUGAGAUUGACGUUAAGCCAAUAAAUGGUGUUGCUUUGACCCUGGACGCUUUGGAAGGAAAUACUGCAAUUCAUGCUGAAGAGCUUCCACUUCUGCCUUGUAUGUUUUGCAAUAAAGGCUUUCAACACUCUGAAGAACUCCGUCACCAUGUAGUAAUUCAGCACAGGCCCACACUAUGUGAGCCUGCAGUCCUCCGAGUAGAGGAGGGUUUGAGUCCGAUGGUAGAGACACACAUUACAGCAAGUUCACCAGAACAGGAGAUUCAUGAUGAAGGUGAAGAUGGUGAACUCAGCUGUAAAGUGUGUGGACUGUCUUGUGAGAGUGCUGUGAGUCUGGAAACUCACAUGAGGAAACACAAGGAUUCAUUUAUCUAUGGUUGUAACGUGUGCGGCCGACGCUUUAAGGAGCCUUGGUUUCUUAAAAACCACAUGCGAACGCAUUCAAGUAAAGCUAGGGGAAAAUCUCAGCCAGAUUCAGAGGGUCCUGCGACAAUCAACAAUGUCAUUAUGCAGGAACCAUUUUCUGGAAAUGUUGUAUCUCCUUAUAAAAUGUGCAUGGUUUGUGGAUUUCUUUUUCCCAAUAAAGACAACUUGAAGGAACAUAGUAAAGUUCACAACAAAGACAUGCCUGAUGAUGAUAGAAUGGAUGAUUAUUCCUUAAAUCAAGAAAUUAUGGUACCACAGGAGGCAUUCCUGCAAAUGCUACAUCUGCGUCCCCUCUUAUCACAAAAUUGCAAACCCGUGAAACUUGGAAAAUGGAUACCCGAACUUGAUCCCUUUAAUACAUACCAGGCCUGGCAGCUGGCCACCAAGGGUAAAGUGGCAGUUGGCCGAGAGAACGUGAAAGAUCCAGGGCAAAUAGCCAACUCUGAGAAUGAAGAGGAGCCCUCGGACAAAGAGGAUUCCAGCGAACAUUGGACCUCAGAUAAAGGCCAUCAUGGUGCUACUGUGGAGACCCUUGACAAGGCUAAAAUCAAAAGCAGCAGUUUAAGCCAGAGUGGGCCACCCACUUUGGGUGAUGUUGAUAUUGACCCGAAAUUGACCCAGAAUAAAACCAAACCGACCAACUGUACAAUGUGUGGUAAGAUUUUUAGAACCUACCAUCAAUUAGUGCUCCACUCCAGAGUACACAGGAAAGGCAGGAAAAGUGUAGAGAAUCCUCCAAAUUCGGUUGAUAUCAGUGAAGCUGUCACUCAAUCCACUGAUUCCGUUAAAACGAUUGAAGACCAUAACCCAGAAACGGACAAACCUGAGGAGGGCUCUGAAGAGGGAUCAGAAGAUGGAGUACUAGGAGAAGGACUUUCAUCAGAUCGCAGUGAGGAUGGCUCAGAACGAGGAAGAAGUAGAGAGACUGGCUCAUCUGGUGAAUGCAGUUACUGUGGAAAGUCUUUCCGCUCAAACUAUUACCUCAAUAUUCAUCUCAGGAUACACACAGGUGAAAAGCCUCAUCGGUGUCCUCUCUGUGACUAUGCCGCAGCUCAAAAGACCUCACUUAAAUAUCACUUGGAGCGACACCACAAGGGUGAGCAGAAAAAGGCUGAAGAAAAGAAUGAUCCUCUGAAGAAUUCAUCAGCAUCUCCCAAGUUGGAAGUCGUACCAAAAGGAACUGAUGAACCUGUUCAGGAAUCUGUGGAUUCGACAAGGUUGUUUACAGAUUCUUUGGGCAGUGCCAAAGAUUUAGAUGCAGACUUUCCUCUGAGGAAGCACAAAGAGAUUCCUCCUUCUGUGUUUUCAAAUGUGAGCAGGGAGCUUCCUGACUUGACCAGGGAUGCUAGUUUGCAUCAUAAUCACCCAAUCUUCUGCAACACAGUGCUACCAUACUGCAAAAAAUCAAAGGGUGAAAAGGUGAUGGGUGAGUCGCACAGGAAUGAUUCUGAUACAAAGGCGGUUCUUGACGCUGAAACAUCAAAGGUUUUGGAUGAAUGUUUAAUGGAAGGGUUGUCAGAAGGCGGCAUUCAACAGAAUAAUGUAACAAAUACAAGAUGGGAGCCUCCUUCAAUAAAUGAUCGAUGCUAUGUUAGUACUCUAGUUAAAUUAGAGGACUUCAGUGAUCAAUCUGAAUGCAGCUCUUUGGAAAAUCCCUUGAAUCUUUGCACGGUGAUGUGUCAGAAAAGUCUGUGUAGCGAUGGUAGUCCUCUGGGAAAUGCAGCUACCUCAGUUUCCAAGAGUGCCUUACUGAGCAACGCAUGCCCAUUUUGUACUUACAGAACUUUGUACCCAGAGGUCUUACUGAUGCACCAAAGAGUGGUGCAUAAAUACAAUGCUGACCCAAGCCCAAUAAAUGGAAUGCGAAGUGUUGUUUGUGGUGCUUCAGUUAAAAGCAGACGCACUGGAUGCCCCCCUGCACUAUUAGGUCAAGAUGUUUCUUCUUUACUCACCACCAAAGAAACAAACAGAGAAUUUUCUCGUCGGACCAAGUCACCAGUACCAACAACUUCGCCAGAUGCUUCAAACUUGCUGCUUGGGAAGGCAAAAUCAUCGUCAUCAUCAUUAUCAUCUUUGUCGUCAUUACACCAGUCUCAGUGCAAUAACCUUCUUCCCUCUGCAGCAGGAUCCAGAGCUUCAGGUGACUUUAAAACUUUUAAAGCAACUCAAAAUUCUAGCGCACAUCUAGAAAAUUAUCGAUCCAUACAUACUGAACUUAGACAGAUGCCAGAUGUAGUUCAAAGAAUAGAAAGAAGUGGACCAUCAGAACCUGUCAAUAAUAAAAGAAAUAUAUCUGAAAGACCCUGUAACAAGUUGGACUAUGAAUCUGAUGGACCUAGAGGAUCUUUAGUUAGAUUUGACAGUCUUUGGGCUUCAAAUGUUGGCAAAAUGUGUCUUACUGAUAUGUCUGAAAAUCAGGGAGGCUUGGACUCACAUGAGCCUGCAGCUAAAAGAAUGAAACUAAACAGUCCUUUAAGGAAUGAUCACCUUACAUUUGGAGCUAGGAGGGGUGUGCAAGGAAGAAAUGUCAAAUUAUCUCCAGAAAUGUCUUCUGUUCAGGCAAGAAACUCUGGGAUACCAUCUAAGUCUGGAUCAACAUUGGAUUCAAAUGGAGUUGACUCACAUUGGAAUGUAUUGAAACUUUUGAAGUCCUAUGGCCCACAAGAUCUUGCCUCAUUGUAUAAUAAUUGCGGACCCAGUAAUAGUGGAGACCCUAAUAACAGUCAAGAAGGGAAAAGACCUUUCCAAUACCUGCAGCACUCUAACAGUCUGUCACAAAAAAGGAGCAUUAAUCACCCACAUAGUGGAUCUUUAGACAAGAAAGAGUACAUGACCCAAUGAGACCUGCCAGUGAAUAAGAUGCAUUGAAAGCUGUGAAUGGAAUGUCCUUUUCUGCAUUCAAGUUGAUUUUUUGGUGACAACCAGCUGGCCCACUCGAGAUCUAACAAUACCUGAAGUUUGAGAUCCACACCAAAUAAGCUGUGAUGUCUACAUUGUAUAGAACACUACUAUUCAUUUUUGGGUUACGUUUUUUGUUCUGUUCAAACACAGUUGUAAGCAGAAACUAUAUAUACACAUACAUACAAAAUGCCUUGUAUUUCAUUCUGAUUAUGACCUUCAAAUUGUAUUGUUUGAAUUGUCAAGUGUUCCUGUUUUUUGCAAUAACUACAUUGCUUGGCACUAAUAAUUGAGUUUGGGGCCAUCUUGUUUUUUGUUUAUAAUUUUUUUUCAAAGCGAAAAUAGAUUUUGGUACCUGAUGUUGACAUUUCUGGGAAAAUGUAUAACUCUUAUUGAACUUUUUCUUGAAUUUGAAAAAUGAGCAAUAAAUUGUAUGACCUGUGGUAAUGCUUCUAGCAUCAGUCUUCCAAUAGUCUCUUUAUAUUCCAAUUGGUCUUCGGUUCCACAGCUGUGGCAAGCAGUACUUAAGUUGAGGACCCUUUUAUACUUGGUUUGUAACAGUUAGUAAAUCUUUUGUUUGAACACUAGAUUGCUUUAGAGUCUCCUGCAGCAGGACCUUGAUUGUUAACAUCGUGAAAAUCAUACAUGCAUGGGAGAGGCAUUAAAUGAACAUCCCUUACACAGAGCUCUGAAAUGACACAGCGUAGUGUUGGAUUAUCUUACAAUAUCAUAAAUGCUGUCCACUAGAUAAAUAAGGCACUAUUGGAAUAUGACAUGGGAAUUUUCCCACAAUCAAACGUGGUAGAUUGCAGCAAGACACUUGCUGGGUCAUCUCAAGUCAGCUAAUGAUUUGGAUGUUUCUGUAUGUACAAAUUUAACAAAGCAAAGUGAAAAUUCUGAACCGUUUAAAACUGCAUAAUUUGAAGUGACUUGUGUAUUGUAUUGUUUUGUUUUUGCUUUCCUUGCUCAAUUUCAGCCCAAGUGAUUUUGUAGAAUGCGUGCAAGAUCAAAACUGGAAGGGGUUUCUUUUGCUAAUAGAGAGGGGAGAUGCACUGUUGCAAGAUAUGUUUUUGUAGUUUCAUGCAUUUAAUAUGCAAGUUUCUUGAGACUUCUCCCCGAUGUGGAAGACUACUUCUAUAUAGACAGAAGACUUUUGCACCUCUUGUCCCCCAGGUGGAACAUUGAGCCAAGAACUGAAGUAGUACCUUAUAAUUGUCACAAUGCGUCGCAGCACCCUUGUUUUGAUGGGCCUUCAAGCCAGAGUUCAACAGGUUCUGAAACAAAGAAAGUUCUUGUCUGGGGAUGUGUAACUUGAACAGAUGUUAAAUUAAGUACUAGCACUAGGCCCAAAAUAAAAUCAAAAGUUGAACCAUAAAGUUAAAAUCCUCACGUUGGAUGUUGCCCACUUUCUUUGUAGGCUACUGACAACAUUGAGGGUAUUCUUUACGAGCUGAUGUUUUAAUUUUUGUGCUUUCAAACCCUGAACCUAAAUGAUCCCAGAAGACUUUGGUAAGAUUUUGUCUGUGGUUUUAUUUUACAUAAAGCUGCACAUUUAGCAUACUAAGGUGGAGGAGCAAUGGAAUUAUUUUUACCCUUUUCUGUGUGAACUUUAGUUUUCUCAACUGAAGUAGCACUGUGGGACGAGUGCUGAGCAUCUUAAAUUAUUAUUUCGUUUCAUCAUAUACUAGCUCACUUUUAUUGUACAACAUUUUUGGUAAAGUUAUUGCUGAAAUGUGAUAUCUUGCACCGCCACCACCACCCCCAGCCCCCCCCCCCCUCAAGCAAUCUGUACAAGGGCAGCUAUGUUCUAGUCAUUUGAUAUUCUUUUCUGCAGCCUGCCUAUUGAUUGUGUUCUCCCAUAAGCACGACUGCUAUUCCUUUUUGUUUUCUGCUUGAAUGUAUAUUAACAGUUCAAGCUUUAGGAUGCUCUUAAGUAAUGCUUACCACGGCUAUGCUUAAAUUUGUUGUAUUGGUUGAAAUUCAGUGAAUUUACCAUUUUUAGACACAUUGUUCUGCAACAUUAAAAGUGUUUAGUAUUCCAGGUUGUGUAGCUGAUAAAUUAAGUCAAUAAUUCUAUUGAAGACUAUCCAUUUACUGAACUUGCCCCUUUAAUCUUGCCAAUUUUAAUGCACACUUUAAAUUAAUUUCAUUGUACUUUAGUUCAGUUAGGAAGAUAUUGCAUUUUGAUUCUUAAGAACUAAUUUCAAUAAUCUCUUUCUGUCUUUAAGAAUUGAGCUUCUCUACUUGUUUUGUGAUUUGUUAUUUGACUGGGACCAGUGGCAUUGGGAAGUUUCAAAUAGGCUAAAAAUAAACUUUUGCUACAAAAAAUUCAAUUAUCAAAUUUACAUUAAUGAAAUGCACUAAAUUUCCAUUUUGAGAGCAAGGUGGAAGGAACAGAACUGUGAUUUAAUACAAAUGGAAGUCAACAAGUGCAUGAGACUUUGGAAGAAUUUGACUUCUUUUCUUCAGCAUUCUCUAAACUGAAUUUCAAGAGACAACAAUGACCGAGGAUAUUGUGUAGAAAUGGCAAUUUGUAUAUACUGCACUAGUGACAGGAAUGCUUUGUAUUAACGUACUAGCCCUGUACCCUGGGGAAGAAGUGUAUAUAGAAGUAAAGUUCUAGGCAUUUUUGUUUUGAGAUGGAUAAUGGGCCAAUAUUCAUUCAUUUAUGAUAUUAGGCUUAGUAGAUAGCCUCAAUUGUUUUUUUAAUGUAAAUACAGCAAAUGUAACAUUUCAAUACAAUUGGGCUGCUAAAAUAUUUUCUAUUCAUUUUGUACAUUUGUUUAGGUGAAGGGGAUUUUUUGGUUGAAUUCCAAGUGGUUUUUAUGAAGUAAUUGAGGCUUUUGGCUAGCUAUAGAUUUUCUUUUAAAGAAUUGGAUAACAUUUUGACUUUUUUAAAAGAUGGAUUAGUUGAAAGCAAUUUGUAUUCAUCACUGAAAACAUCUUGGUGCACAGCAUACACAGAACAUUGGUACAUGGUCUGUCAGCUCUCCACAAAUGCUGCUAACAUACCCUUGGUAAUGGAACCAUUGGAAGACUGUGAACUUUGCAUAUAGUUCUACUGUGCCUGAUAGUUAUGUUUCAACUGUUAACUCAUGUUUGUAAGACGCAUUGUUAUUUUCCCAUUUUAAGAAUCUGGUGAUACACAAAGGAGAAACUAGCUAUGCAGCAAGAUGAUGUGUGUGUAUGUUAUAUUGGUCUUACAGUCUGUUCUAAUACUUUCAAGCAGGGCAUCUGAAUUGUGACGUGUGCCUUACCAAGAAAUCUCAAACUCAUAAUUUUCUUGGGAAAAAGAAAUAUGCUCAACAGAUUGAGCAGUCUUUGUUUUGGUUUGGGGUUUGUAAUAUUGACACUACUGACCUCUUGUGACCAUGGAUUCUGAUUUUCUUUCUCCUAGAGAAGACUGAGCCAUAUGUACAUGUGCUAGAAAAUGUUUUAUAGUUGCACUUUUUAAUGCAUAUUUUUGAAACUGUAAUGCAUCAAAUACAGGGGCUAAAAGUUGCUUGUUUGAUCUGAAUAUAAAAUUGUUGCUUGAGGGUGCAUGCUGAAUUCAUGAAUUCCUAUUCCAUUGAAUUUUGAAAAUAUUUCUUUACAAUGCAAUUUAUGGGGAAUUUCCAUCCAUGUCUUUUGGAUCCCUCAGUGUUACAACAUUAGAAAAUAAAAGUUUUGUAUUUGUAGUUGGACACACUGUGUAGUAUGCAUAUUAAGGUACAUCUUAUUUAAUUCAGUUUUCUUUUUGUAUUUAUUACAUAUGGAUCUUUUUGAUUUCUUCAAUCAUGUUCAACCAUGCAAUAGUGUUUCAGACUGUCUCUAAUUUAUGAUGUACUGUUAUUUGAUGUACAUUCAUCCAGUUUUGGAAUAUAUAUAUAUAUGGUGUUUUGCAUCUCUGGUUCUGUUGGAGUUCUUUUUUUACCUGUCCAAAAAUAAGUUACUGCUUUUGCCUAUUUGCGAAACCUGCAUUUUCCUAUAACUUCACUUCCAGGAGGUAUCACUCUGCAGUUUAAAUCGGGAUUUGUUGCCAUUUUUAAAGUGCAUUUUGCUGAACUUUGGCACACA